AUGCUGGGCCCCUUCACCAAGAGCCCCGCCUUCAAGUCGGGCGUCCGCGAGGUCUUCAAGAAGGUCGACAACGACAACAGCGGCCACAUCGACAAGGACGAACUGACCUUCGCCAUGAGCAAGCUCCACUUCAAGCUGUACAAGAAGAGCCCGGGCGUCACGGAGCCGCCGUCCGCGGAGAAGGUCAACUCCCUGCUCGCCAAGUUCGACACCGACCGCUCCGGCUCGCUCACCGAGGACGAGUUCCACUCCUUUGCCAGCGACUGGUUCGACCGCAACGGCAUCGUCUUCCUUAAACACGUCUUCACCACCUCGUUUCUUUCCAUGUUCGCCUUGCCCGCCAUCGCAGACGUCGUCCAGAGGGAAACCCCGCUCGUCCGACGCCUGCCCGGCGGUGUUUUCAAAGUCCUUUUUGGUGUCGUUUUCAAGCUUGUCGCCGCCCGCUUUCCUGUCCGCGCAUAGAGUUGGUCAACCUUCUUAGUGCCACCGUAAUUCCAUUUUUACAAUACAUGCGUCGCCCGACCAAACCUUCCCUGUC